UUGAUUGUGACAGAUGAUUUUUAUUCCACGAGGCAAAACUCUCGCAAAUUGUUCGACGACGGUUUUCAGAAUAAUGCCUUUAACCAGUACGCGUCCGAUAUGAUCUCCGUUCACCGCAGUCUGCCUCAAGUUGCGGAUCCAAAAUGUUAUCACAAGAAGUAUCCCAAAUUAAAGAGCCUCACCACUUCGGUAAUCAUCUGUUUUCACAAUGAGGCAUGGAGCGCUUUGCUUCGAACCGUUCACAGCGUUUCCGAAAGAACACCUCCAGAACUGUUGAAGGAAAUCAUCCUGGUUGACGACUGUUCAGACAAAGAAGCGUACGUGUCAUCGCGGUUGACAACGCCGGUGAGGAUCCUGCGACUGUCACAGCGAGAGGGUCUGAUUCGUGCGAGGCUUCGCGGCGCCUCUGCUGCGAAAGGGGAUGUCCUCACAUUCCUGGAUUCGCACUGCGAGUGUACGGAACGUUGGCUCGAGCCGCUGAUGGCGCGCAUCGCAGAAGACAGCCAUAAUGUGGUGUGUCCGGUGAUCGACGUGAUCAGCGACGAUACACUUGAAUACUCGUACAGUCCGAGCGGCUUCAUCAACGUUGGAGGUUUUGACUGGUCGCUGCAAUUUAAUUGGCAUCCAAUUCCAGAGCUAAAAAUGCAUCCUACCGAAAGAUCAAAGUCUCCAACAAUGGCUGGUGGACUUUUUUCAAUCAGCAAAGAUUUUUUCGAGUACUUAGGAACCUAUGAUCCAGGGUUUGAUAUCUGGGGUGGAGAAAACCUCGAACUUUCCUUCAAGUCGUGGAUGUGCGGUGGCCGUCUUGAAAUUGCGCCCUGCAGUCACGUUGGUCACAUUUUCCGGAAACGAUCGCCGUACAAAUGGCGAACCGGUGUCAAUGUUGUGAAACGGAACUCUGUUAGACUGGCGGAGGUGUGGCUAGACGACUACAAGCAAAAUUACUACGAUCGCAUUAAUAACCAUCGCAAAGCUCUCAGAGAAAAACUGAAAUGCAAAUCGUUUCAGUGGUACCUCGACACCGUUUACCCUGAGCUUUUCAUUCCCGGAGAGGCGGUAGCUUCCGGUGAGGUGAGUGCGCAAUCGAUAUUCCAAAAUUAA